AUGGCCGAUACAUCUAUCGAACAACCCCCGGGUGCUGAGCAAAGCUACACGGCAACAUCUGCUCUUCCUGCGCGAAUGCAGACUGAAGCAGGCUUCUACAAGACCUUCAUCGUUGAGGUUGUCAUAAAUGGAGUGUAUGACCAAGCUUCAAACUCUAACAAGAUCAAGAAGCCGAACUGGCCUCGGGGAAACUUUGAGUACUUACGUUCACCACUCAGAGAUGUCCUGGGGGCCUUUGCCAGUACCUCAGUGUUCUACAAUGACACUGAAGGCACCAGUGGCAACACAUACAUCGACUCACCUAGCCCAUUUGUCCAUAAUGAUGGGCAGAGUACAUACAUGUGGUACAAAGAAACAGACCAGAAUGCCUACCUGGCUUUCAACAUCAAGUCCCAUAACUAUCCAGGCUUCAGCAGACUUGGAACCAUUCAGUUUCACAAGUUCUCUGCACAAGGUCUGACCCUAAAGAGCUACUGGGACAAUGAACCCAUUCAUUUAGACAUCACCAACGGCCGGGGACUGGGUUACUCUGGAGCAGCUCUAUGCUUGAAUGUCCUGUCAAUCAUGGCAGCACUGUGCAUUCUGGAUGAUAGGGUCGCUCGCCGCGCUGAUGGCACGUGUAUCUGCUUCGAUUCUAUUUGGCUGCUUCGAGAAGCAGCCUCGCUCAGUGUGGCAGACAACUCUGUUAGUCAAUGGGGUUCAGGAGACUUCCACAGACAGGGAAAGAAUUGUACGUCGAUAAAUGAAGGGAUUCGCUUUGUUUAUGCUCCUCUUGAUAGGCCUGCAUGGUCGAACUUUGUCAAGCAGAUCGUCGGAGCGGGGUUGGGUCUGAUUCCUAUCCUAGGUCCUCUCCUAGCACUCAACUGGGACAUCAUAUACUCAUACUUGGAUGACCCGGCAGGAUUUGCUGAGUAUGCUCAUAUCGGCAAACAAUGGUUGUCUAUCUUGAAGCUCCAGGCAGCAGAACUCAAGAAGGCAAUCAAGUAG